CCUCAGGCAGCCAAACAGACUGGUUCGGGAAUCCUGAUUGUUUACUACUCUACUUUCUUGGCUUGUGAAUCCUACCCUUUCUCCGUGUGUCCAUGCGGCAACUCGGGGUCAAUAUACCCGGAAUUGAUGUCAUUCACAGUUCGAAAACGCAGAAAAAAUGAUGAUCAAGGGGUUGCGUACCUUCAGAACAGAUGCGCGACUAUGACUUCAGUUCAAGAGAAGGUGCGUGAGAGCGAUAUAGUAAAACACCUUCCGUAGAUCAAUUGUUUAAUGCUUUUGUACUGUAUGAAUAGCUGGAAGAUCGACGUGUAUAUGCGCAUGAUUCAUCUUAAACUGUCAACUCAAUGCUACAUUGGUAAAAGGUUCCUAUGCACCUGUACAACCGCAGGACGUAGGAAGCAUGUCCUGCAGGACACUUCCCAGAUCUUGAAGUACACUGCUCGAACGCAGCGCAAUGAGCCUUGUUCUGAUAUCACCACCCUUCAAAUUGAUUUCUCUCGUCUAUAGAGUUCCGAGCAGCAAUAUCUAGUUUCAGGCUAGGUCAUCUUCAAAGCCUAUGUCUUGCUUACGAGACUCAGGUGGUGUCUACAAGGCCACCGACUAGCACCUCACUACUGCGGCUCCUACCACCUGUCCCUCAGCUGCCCACGCGAGCGCCGCUCCCGCCCCCUGUUUUUGCUGACUACCCAUAAUUGUCUCUCGCCCGACAAGUUGCUUCUGACUCGACUGUCUAUUGAUAUACUUCACUGUUUUCUGAGUUGAGAUAAUGGGCAACGAGCAUUGUUUGUGAAUAGCAGGUGGCUUCUGUUGAUGUUCAGUUAAGUCGGUCUAGAGACAGACGAUUCCUGGGGCUGGUUGACGGGAUGGCAAUGUUGUUAUGUAGGAUGGGAGUCAUGUGCUUCCUCCGUAGCUCUCAGGUCUGCGUCAAAGCUCAUCGACUGAUCCACAGCUUUUCUUCACACCUACAGACUUUGUACAAGAGAAAAGUUCGGUGUUGAGUAGGCAUUACUAUUGCUACCCGCUCUAGUUUACGCUGCAUUGUUUGCCCCAGUUAUGCGCUGUAACAGCUAUUCUAGUACAAAAGUGGGAAUAUCUAUGUUAAGUCUAGUAGAAGGAACCGUACACUAAACUGUUUGAUCCAACAGGUGAAAAUUAGACGGAGACUAAAACGAUGAGCCUCACUCAGCGAGGCGCUGGGACUUGGGUCACUUUUUUUCUGAUGGCAGACAGAUGGCUGGGGUCGGAUAUAUUUGGCGCACGCUAGCCAAUGACAGCGCUCGUGGCGGUGCUGACUAGCCAUUUCGAGCGAUAGGGCUAGAGUGCCCAGACCUCACCCUACGCUAAGCAUCAAUCCAUCGCGCACUCAGUGACGGUGAGGAACACGGACACUCUCAACGCGAAACGCCCAUUUCCUUUCUUCUUCUUUGUCUCCGGUGGAUAAUGGGCACGAAAGGUGUUAGGUAACGAGGGUCCACAGCGGAUCCGUGGGUGUGACUUUCAGCUGUCCACACUCCAGGCUCGCUACGGGCCAAAUGCAGGGCUGGGCGACUGCAAACGGCGAGUAGGCGCCGCAGCCAGCUAUAGCAACGUUGGACAUGUUGAACCAGGCCAUCGCGAAACUCUACGGCGCAGCACUCGACGUUGAAGUGAGUGACAUGUCGAGGUGCCGCUCCGACCGACGCGCCAUGCCCAGCAAAACAUCACAGUUAUUAGACGCCCAACAGCAUCUCGGCAACCGUGACGAGCACCGGUUGGUUGGAUCAAGAGGUUUCGAAACAGGCGACCAAGCCAUGCAUCUCGCAAGCAGCUUUUCACUGCUCAUCUCCAUUUCCCGCAGCCUUCCUGUAAGCCCGAAGCGCACAGGCUUCAUUUGGAACAAUUCCCCUGGACACUGCCCGCUCAUGUUUACAACACCCGCCCAAUCACAGCCCCGGGCUGAGGUACACUAUAGCCUGAAUCAGCAAUUGCGCUUUGUUUGUUUCCAUGUUUUCUAUACGAAUCUGGGGGGAUGGCAUGCAAACCCCGUGCGCAUGGGAAAGAUGGCGGGCACGCACCAGGGUCCUGCCUUCCUUGUCGUCAGUCUGCCUGUCCCACGCAGAACAGCGAACGGCCCCCCAGUGUGACCAGCCUAUAUAUCCUGCCUCAACCACGCCCCGUUUGUCAUUCAGUCACUCAUCUCCCCUUCUGUUCGCUCUUCCUCACAUCCAACCGUCACUCAAUCCAUUCACUUACUCGCUUCCGCAAACCCUCAAAGAGCAACCUAAUAACAUCGCCCGCCACACUCGUUCCAUAGCAACUUUUCUACCACUACACACUCCAGUUCCUGACUAUUACCAAUAGACCAAAGUCUAUAGUCGUUUUCCUGCAGGAUAUCUAAUCGGAUAAUUGAAACUUAAUUCUUCAGAACCAUGCGCACCACCACACUCGCUUCGGUGCUCGCUGUGGCGGCCACCUCUUCGGCGGCCACUACUCCUAAGGCUGAGAACAACCCCGCUGGCGCCCACUACAGGACCGAAUUCGACUUCCUUGACCAGACCGGUGUCUGGGGCUACAUGGACUUGAAGUCGAGCACCGAUGGCAAAACCGUGGACCUAGACUUCAAGUUCCACGGCGUCGCCAUGUCCAAGGGAGGCCCAUUCACAUACCACAUCCACCAAAAGCCCCUCGUUGGUCGUGAUUGCGCUACUACAGGUGGUCACUUUGACCCCUACGGAGCUGGCACUGCCAACUGCAAGGAGGGCCACGGAGAACUGUGUGAGGUUGGUGAUCUCAGUGGAAGGUUCCGACCCAUCAGCGUCGAAACCGACUUGAACGAGAACGGCUUCCCGGAUGAGUACAUGUCCCUCGACCCCAACAACAAGGCCUUCGUCGGUGACAAGUCCUUCGUCAUUCACAAUGCCAAAAACAACACCCGCGUGGCCUGCGGAAACUUUGUCAAAAUCAACGGCGGUAACACUGGCUCGCCUUCUACGCCCGCCCCUGUCAAUGGAUCCGCCCCCGUAACCAAUGGCAACCCGCAAGGUGUCGUCUACCGUGCUGAUAUCGACUGGCUUGACCAGAAUGGCAUCCACGGCUUCUUCGAGGUCCACUCCGGCAAAGAUGGCAAGGGAACUGACUUGAACAUGGGCCUCAACGGUCUCAAGGGCCCUGGUGCCCCCUACGCCUACCACAUCCACGAGAAGCCUGUCAGCGGCCGUGACUGCAACUCCACCGGUGGCCACCUCAACCCAUACAAGGCCCCCGCCAAGUGCGAUGCCAGCAAGAGGGAGACCUGCGAAGUCGGUGACCUGAGCGGCAAGUACGGUACUAUCGAUGCCACCAAGUAUGAAGAAGCCUUCGCGGAGCCCUACCUCUCCACCAACAAGGAAGACAAGGCCUUCAUCGGCGACAAGUCCAUCGUCUUCCACGACAAGGACGGCAAGCGCGUUGCCUGCGCCAGCUUCCAGGGCAAGCUCGUCAAGCCUGAUGGCAGCUCCACCACUCUCCCUGCAGGAGGCAUCGGCGGUCCUACCGGCGUUCCUUGUGCCAACAGCACUACCCCCAUCAACAACGGCACUGCUCCCGGUGUCGGCGUCAACGGCACAACUCCCGGAAACAACAGCACUGUUUCUCCUCCCAGCGCACCUGUUCCCGUUGGCCCCAGCCCCCCUGGAACCCCUGGAAACCCUGGCUCCCCAGCCUCGCCUACCAGCAGCCCAGCUCUCAGCACCAACUCCGGCUCUAAGCUCGCUGUCGGUGCUGGUGCUCUGUUCAUCGCCGUCUUUGCUGCUCUUUUGUAG